AUGGUGUGGGAGGGUUCGUCUCCGUUGCUGCCAAUGGCACACCGCCGUACACGAAAUGCAAGCACCGGUAGUUUUCCAGAAACACAUAAAGAAACUCAAUCUGUCCCACCUGACUCGCCGCGCAUACGAUUUAAAGAACGGGAGAAGGCGAUCUCCGCGCGCGUUUUAAAGCGUCCUAACCACCGAGCUUUGCGACGUGUUCCCGCACUGCUUGGAUUGUUGGCCAUGGGGUUUGUACUCGGCUACUACGCGCAAUUGAUUCUGUUCUUUUGUCAUGUACGAUUGGGUUUUACGGCUGAAGUUUUACCAACGACAGAGGUGACACUUAAGGAGAAGCUCACAAUCUCGCUCAUUGAGCGAACACAACGCGUCGUGUUCGUAUGCAAAAAGACUAAUUGGGACUUUGUGGGUUUUAUUGCUAGUCCCCAUACAAUUUUAUUUGCGCAUGAAGAUGUGGCUGUGCCAACUGCACUUGAAGAGAAUUUACGAGUGGUGCGUCACUCAGGGGUCGACAGCUAUCUGAAUCUACACAACAAGACAGUGACAAUCAUGAGUCACAUUCACACUGCAGAUCCACAGAAUCAUUUGCUGAAACAAGACGAUGAAGCUGUGAUUUAUUGGCCACAUUACUACCAAUGUCUUAAGAAAUGCACGGAUCUUGACUCCUGUUAUGCUGGUGACAUGCAUGUGAACCUUGGAGAUGUGGCGAAUCUCAAUUCGUACGUCUUUGCUACGGGGGGCUCAUACUUUGUUGGGAGCAAACUGCUGAAAUGCAUGUUGGAGAAACCAAUUUUUGUUGAAUUAGAUGGUCUUGAUUACGGAGAAGACAAGACAGUGGGUAAGAUGAUUCACUACAAUCGAUGUAAGGUCCAAUAUAUGAAGAAAGGCGCGUCGGCUUUGAUUCAUAAAGAUACGAUUUUAUUAGGCCAAGAUGAGCAAAUUUUGCAGAGAGAACGUGGGGAUAUGGUGCGUCGGCUGAUGUCGGAUGAAGACCAAGUAGCACCGAAAAGUAUUCGGACCUAA